UUGUGAUCGUCCACAACUUGCUUUGGUCGGCAAUCAGCAAACAAAUCUUUAAAUAUCCAUUUUUAAUCAAAAUUUAAAAAGUCUGUGUGGCAUGGGUUAUAAUAAAAUUGUAUACAUGUUUAUAUUGAUUGCUAGUGUCGGUACCUCUAAAGUUUUACGGAAAUGUUGCCCAAAAAAUCAAAGUCUUAUAAAAGUGUCAAGUUUGGAUGCGAAUACACCGGACAAAUAUGAAUGUAUUGACUACGACCGUCAUUUAAGUGAGUACAAAGAAGUUAGUCAAAACUCAGAUCUUGUGGUGAACAGAUCUGUAAUUGUAGAUGAUGGUAUACCUCAAGAAUGCAACUUGAUUGCUGGCGAAUUGAAUGUAGGAGACUUCAGUUUAUUCACGGACAGAGGUGUUUGUUAUGAUAGACUUAUAACAGAAAUCAAUAAUGGUACGGUUACACACACAGCUACAUCAAGUAUUACAAUUUUGAAAUGUGAUGGAUUGGAACUGACGUCUCAAACUGAAUUAAAAAUACAAAAUAUCAGGAAAUGUUGUGCGAGGGGGCAAGUUUAUGAUAGCGAAUAUCAUUUCUGUAGAACAGAUCAUGAGUUCAAAGAAGAGUGGCUGAUAAGUGAAUUAAAACAAAAUACAUCUGACAUUUUUGUAAUUGAUAAUGAGCUAGAUUGUUUAGACGAGGAGUAUUCUGUAGAAAUAAAAGAAGGUGUUUUUAGAUUUACUUUAAUUGGUAGUGUCCUUGGAAUUAUUAAAGAAAAUGGAGGCGAUAAACAUAACUUCGAGUGGUGGACUUGGUGUAUAGACCAGGAUUAUACGAGCCGGCGACUUGUCGCAAGGGUCUGUACCGAGAACUGCAGUGAUUUUGGUGCAUAUUGUAUGAGAAAGUGUUGUUACGUGGGAAACCACGUAUCAGGAUGUGGUAACAAAAGGGCUUGUGAGCGGAAUUAUGAUGACAGAUUUUUAUUUAAUCUGUCAUCAUACAUAGAACCUUUAAAAAGAGAGAGCGGUGAUAUUGGAGAUGUGAUGGGUAUCCAGACAAUCUUCAAAUGUCACGAUAACCGGACUAAAAGAAUUAUCUUAAACUCCUCAUUGACAGUGGAUUGGCAUUCCCUUGAUAUGAACGGGUCGCUUCAAUCAUAUCAUGGACUGACUCGUGAAUACUGCUUAGAUACAUUUGAGUGUAAUGGAAAAAUUGAAGUAGCAGCUUAUACAUGCAUUCCUAGAACCGUUAAUGAUUCUAAAUUAAGUUUUACGCUAUUAUCAACAUCGGUGAUGCUUUUAAUAAUAACAUUAGUAGUGCACUGCUCUAUACCAGAGUUUCGGAACCUACAUGGCUUCAAUUUGAUCAGCUAUAUUAGCUCUUUGCUGCUGGGUUAUUUGGGUCUUGCUCGAGGGCAUUACGGAUUCAUACCAGACAUUAAUGUUUGCACGGGGAUGGGAUAUUGCAUUUAUUUUGGGUUCAUAUCUGCCUUCAUGUGGGUCAAUGUUUUGUGCUUCGACAUAUGGUGGAAGAUGAGUCAUAUUCAGUCAGUGCAGCGCAGUAUGAACAGAAGCUCAUGGAUUAAGUUUAUUAAGUACUCUUUGUAUGCGUGGGGAAUCUCUGUCGGUCUCACGUUGACCACAUUUCUACUGGAUAUUUAUCCAUUAUCGCCGAUUCUCGAUGCGGAAAUGGGCAAAGGACGCUGCUGGUUUGGUGCAACAGUGCACUGUGUGCGAGUCAAAUCAGUAGCACAGCGGCUGCAUGCUGGUUCAGAAAAAGAUAGCAUCGUACGUCGUUAUAAGAACUAUAAGGAAAAUUUGCUGUUGACUGGAAAGCUCUGGGUUGUAAUGGGUGGUGGCUGGUUCAUAGAGUUCAUUUCCGUCCUUGUGACGCAACCCGAUGGCAGUACACCAUUUAUAAUGACAAUAAUGGACAUAUUGAACCACCUCCAGGGAUUAUGGAUAUUUAUCAUUCUGGUUUUUAAACCAAAAAGGAUUUACAAUUACAUCAGACGAAAACUUGGGCUAAAAAUAUCAAAUGAAACAAGUAAUGGUACGACGUUGUCAUCGCAGGCACGCUCUACAAACAUUUCUAUGACGAGUGUACAAACAUCAAUAUCAAAUUCUACGGUUCCAGCAACUUCGCCGAAUACAGAAAAGAAACAAUAAUGAGAAUCAAUAUUCUCAGAUUUUUAGGCAAUGAGUGAAUAUGUUGUUUUGAUGUUUUAGGAAUAUGGAAUUACUGCGUACAAAACCAGAAAGAGCUCCGUGACGUUGCACCUUAAAAUAGAAUCUUAACAUUUUCAUUAUGUUUACCUGUCGGUAGUAGUUCCUUACCCAAACGAUGAAAAUGGGACUCUGUUACUUAGAUCCGAUGGGCGUUUGUCUGUCUUCUUGAU